AUGCGUAGAGAUCGUUCCAAUGUCUGCGGUGAAAUGACCAAAUUCGUGGAUGCAUCCAGGUCGCGGUCAUGUGACCCAUUUCUCGCGCAGGACAUGCUUUGUCUCAGCGACCUAGCGAAACCACAGUCCGCACAACAGCCGACCAGCUCUUUGUCCAAGUUGGCGCAGCCCAAGCAGACUGAUACGCCACUGGUCAUGAACACCUCCGAGCCUCCGCGCCUCAAGCCCACUCUGGACGACUUCCACAUCCACCUCGCGGAAUAUGCGCGCAGCAUACGGAACGAGCCUUUCUGCUUCGGAUCUUCUCCUCCUCAGCGCCGCGUUAUGCCAGCGAGGAGAAGUGUCCCACCAUACAGAUUGAAAUGUACCGGUCGUUGGCAUGAACCUGGAGAGAUGGAGCGCAAGAUCUUGGGCCCCGGCGGGCUCCCGCCAUUGCCUAUGCCAACGCCUAUGCCUGUUGAUGAACUUCUGCGAUUGCAGCAUGAACUAAUGUGGAGCGGAUCAUACGGGUAUGCAUCGAGUACAAGCUAUUCUAGAUCAUUCUCCACUGGUCGUGAUUGGGUCGAACCCUCAAUACCUUUGAGCUCGUCUAUAGACGACCAGCCUCCUCCUGCCCGCUCUGUUGAUCAAUCACAACAACCUGCACCCACAAAGGUAGAUGACGAAUACGGCCAAGAAGCGCGUUUAGAGGCCGAACCCUCCCCUCCCCCCAAGCCCCGUAUCAGCCGCUCUCGCAGCAACUCGCUCGAGAUGGACGAGAGAACCACAGCGUUGGCGUCAUCGCCCGAGCUGAUGAGAAUACUAGCCGAGAUGACACCGGAGAGUACGGGCUUCGCCGAGGAGAAGCCAUCCGGCUACGAUGAUGAGGACGAGGAUGAGGGGGAAGAAGAAAAGCCUUGGCGUGCACAGGAGCGAGAACGCCAGCGUCAGCGCCGUCGCGCACAGUGCGAGCGCCAGAAGGCUGCGGUGCGCAGGCGCAAGUGGCGCGAGAGCCUGACGUGUGGGCUCGCCGAGGUGGCGAGCGAGACCGCCAGAGAGGCGGCUACGAUCGCGCUGGACGCGGCGUUCGCUGGAGCAGGCCACGUCCCCGGGCUGGCGGUGCGGGCGGCGAGUCUGGGGAUGGUGGGCGCGGGAUAUGUGGUGGACGUGACAUUCCGUUCGGCGGUUGUGGGCUUGGGCUACUUGGGGUAUGUGCUUGGUGUGGUGAUCGAUGUGGUGAGUAGGGGAGCGAAGGCCCUGUCUGACCUAUGCGCGUGA